AUGCCUGUGUUCCAGCACCCAAACACCACUGCAGGCGGUUCACGCACAGAUUAUGAAUGGAGGUACGAAUACUACGAUGAUGAAGAGCCGGUUUCCUUCGAGGGACUCAAAGCACACAAAUAUUCCAUUGUAAUUGGAUUCUGGGUGGGUCUUGCUGUCUUUGUCAUUUUUAUGUUCUUCGUCCUCACUCUUCUGACCAAGACAGGAGCUCCACAUCCAGAGAGUGCUGAACCGUGUGAGGAUUGCAUACAUCUCACUAGCUGUGUUGAGGAACUAGGCCGUCCUCGGGAGCCAGAGAACACUAGAGCUGGUUUACCUCGACCUUUCCUGGAAGAAUCUCGCUUUCUCUUUAACUGCUACAUUAAUGAAGAAGAGCAGGCAGGAGAGCAGUCCCUGAUCCGAGCCUGUCGAGCCCACACACAAGCAAACAGCAGUGAGUUAAGUGGCCACAUGAAAACCGGUGGCAUAAUUGGCCAGAGUACACAGUUAGAGAUGAUGGAAGAUAAUGAAGCAGCUUUUCUAGCUUAUUUCAACAUCCCCAACUUUGUGAACUCUGAGCUCAACUCCACACUGGCUGAAGAUGACUUACUGCUGGGUGAGCCACCCAUCAUAAUGGAAAGUGAAUCUCAUUCAUGCAGUACUAGUCACAUUAGAGACUAA